CCAACCCGUGAUGCGUCGCUACAGGUAUACUUUCGUCCACCACACCGGAUCGUCAUUCGUGUUCGGGGACCUCGGUUAGCAAGACAAGCAGAUCGCCACACUUCACCGAGGGCACUGGCGAGGCUGAAACGGGGUGCGAAUGAUCCCAGAACGCCCCUCAUCUGUAACAAGUUUCAGCCAAUAUAGUGCUUGUUUGACCCCCUCGAUACGAGGCACAGCCCCUGCUAAGUGGCAACAUUCCGACCCAAACCUUCCAGGGUCGGAAUCGAUUGGCACCCGAGGUGCGGCUCAAGCGGUCCUCAUAAAACCUGAAGAGGAUAUCUCCGCCUCGUGGCUCUGUAGCGGUGACCGACUUUCAUUGUUACCAAACCUUCAAUGGAAAUAACUGUUGCGACAUUUAGACGCGAGACGGAGUUUAACCCUCCGCAAGAAGAACAUGAACUGCCCUUGAUCGCUCCUCACAACCCGCGUGGCGAUAGGAGCCAUCUGAAGCGAGGUGUACUGUACAAGUGGCUCUCAGGGUCGAGGUUUGCAUUAGCCUUAGCAUCAGCUGCCUGCCUGUUAGUCCUCUCUUUUAACCUUGGCUUCCUGCUAUGGGUUGUAGCACGUGACCGGCUGAAGGAAGACCGUGGGAUCCUCUACGAGGGCAACUGUGACCGCGUGCGGCACCUGAGUACAGGACUGCAUUUACUCAUCAAUAUAAUGAGCACCAUCCUCCUGGGUGCGAGCAACUAUGCAAUGCCUCUGUGCGCCGACGAGGAAGGACAUCGAUAAUGUGCAUGGAAAGAAUACCUGGCUGGAUAUUGGCGUCCCAAGCCUUCGGAAUCUCUUUUACGUCCCCAAGACGCGCUCGACCAUGUGGAUAUGCCUGAUGCUCUCGUCUCUUCCUCUCCACCUCGUCUACAACUCCACCAUCUUCUCUACCACCGCUGCCUACUCAUAUACGAUAUUUGCCGGCCAUUCCUCCCUCGGAACGCAACAACGAGAGGACAUUGAAACAGGUGGACUGAACGCAGAAGAUACCGCUUCUUUCGACCGGCUCUAUUCCUAUGCUCAGAACGGCACCCUGAUUCGCCUCGACACACAGGCGUGCAUCAGCGCCUACGCAACGGCUUACCAAACAAAGCACGGCGACCUGCUCCUGGUUACAGACGACGUCAACACAACGCUUGAGUACAAAAUGGUCGGCUUCCAGUCCGUGUACGAUCCGUGGGACGCUUACGUUCAUGUCGCGCCCAGCGGCGAUCCAUAUGAAUGGUUAUGUCCGCCAAAUGCCAACGCUUCAUGCAGCACCUACAUACCCGGCCUGUACUCCGCCGCAGAGCAAGAUAACUGGGUCGUCUAUGGCUAUCAUGGCAACUAUACUGUGGACUCGUGCCUGAGCGCGCCAUUGCCAGAGCAUUGCAAGUUGCAGUAUUCCCUGCCACUGACGAUCGUCGUCAUUGUUGUUAAUGCUAUCAAAGCGGCUAUCCUGUGCUAUUCGGCCCUCGCAACAACUGAAUUGCCCAUGCUUACUACGGGAGACGCCGUGGCCUCAUUCCUGCAACAGCCCGACAGACACACCAUGGGCAGAUGUUUGAUGUCCGGAAUGGAAAUACGACAGAUAAACUCAGAAUACACUGUGCCUGGGCAGCGUGAUUGGCCCGUGGCUUAUGAGAGCAAUCGAAAGAGGUGGUACUCUGCAGUGUCCCGCGCCAAAUGGCUGCUGGUCGUGAUACUCUGGGCGAUAGCCCUUGUCAUAUGCGCCUUUCUUCUGUACCUGGGGCUGAGUCAAGACGGCCACGAAGUCUGGAACGCCGAGUUCGGCUCCAUCAACGCACAAGCCCUAAUUAAAGGCGAUACCUGGCCAACCUCGAUGAUCGCCAACACGAUUAUAGCCAACAUCCCGCAGCUCAUCUUCUCGACGCUCUAUUUCAUCUUCAACAGUGUCAUGACAACCAUGACUCUCGCCGCAGAGUGGAGCACAUACGCCAUUUCCCGCCGCGGCGUCCGCGUCUCAAGGAAUCCGCAGUUCGCACAGCGAAGCAACUACUUUCUAUCGCUACCAUACCGCUACGGUAUCCCGCUCAUGACGACCUCUGCAAUAUUGCACUGGCUCAUCUCGCAAAGCCUCUUCCUCGUGGGGGUCGAAGCCUACGACCAGCGAUUCGUCCGCGCGCCGGAUCGCGACCUCGUCACAUGCGGAUACACCCCUGUGGCGAUUGUCAGCUCAAUGGCGGUCUGGGUGUUCAUGUUUGCGUGCUUAAUCGGGCUGAGCUGCAUGAAGUUUGCGUCCGGUAUGCAAGUUGCUGAUAGUUGUAGUCUAGCGAUUGCCGCGGCUUGCCACCCCAGGUAUGACCCUAACCUGGAUGAAAAGGACCAGCGGCUGGAUCCUGUGGAGGGGAUUGAGUUCAUGCCGCUUAAGUGGGGGGCGGUGCCUCUUGAAGGCCAGCUGGGGCAUUGUACAUUUUCUGCCGAUGAGGUCGAGGUGCCUGAGCCCCAGCGUGUGUACCAAUGACUCGGUAUGGAGUAUUCGAGACUCUAGAUUAUAACAUAGAGAGGAUGCUCGUUUGCAUGUUUGCAAUGAAGAAAACCGUAAUUUAAACCAGCAUCUAGUGGGGGCGCGCAUACACUAGCCUGGUCAGGGAGAGCUGAGGAUCAGGGGUUGAACGUAUUCCAGUAGCGGUCUGGUUGAGCCUAAUGGCAGAUGUUAUUCCUCAUUCUAUCCAGUUUCCCAUCCGAGACUCACGAUGAUAUCCUCUAUGCCACCUCCCUCGGGGUUUGCAAUCCUACCAACCUAUUUCGGUCAAGUUCCAAUGAUACCACAGCCGCAGCCUCAGGCGGGUGGUUUGGUUGCCGGCCCUUCGCAACCACAGCCACUCCAGCAAAUCCAUGGACGGAUUAUUUCCGUCCCUCAUCUUCCCCUGCGAAGAACUACGAAAUAAAUCCACCUGCAUUGGCCAAUUGACCGGCCAAGCGAAGUCAUCCGCGCAUAUGUCAUAUCAGGCACUGAACACCGACUUAAUAGACUAUUGUAAGAUAAAUUAGAACCAGUAUGCAAGUCGAUGAGAUGUGAUUU